AUGCAAAACUUCCAACACUUAUUCCCUAACAUUUCCAAGACAAGAGUCGUUGGACCCACCACAGGGGUUUUGGGGGCAGUUCUCAUUUGCCUUGCAAUAUUCUUAUAUAUUCGACGCCGCACAAUCCCUUGGCCAUCCGUGAUAAGGAGAGAGCAUAGAAAAAAGAAUGCCGAAGAAUCAGUACUGCCUGCAGUCCCAGAGAACGAAAAUAACGCGGUGUCACUAACUUUGCGUCUGGAAUCUGGACGACGCAGUUGGACAGGCCAUACAAGCGAGCAUGGCGGCCGAGCAGGGGUAGUGUCUCGUCAGCACCUCACAGAGGCGACGAAUAACAUAUUGAAGCACCCAGCACCCAGCUUAAACAACGUGCCUGAGAGCCUGCAGAGCACGCCUGUGCCUAUGUCUUCAGUGAUGCAGGAAAUGGAUAACAUUCGCGCACGAAUGGCAGAAUUGGAAAGGCAACAGCAGGAAACAAGGCGGAACUUGCAUCUUUCGAGCGUUGAUUCAGGCGAGGCUAAUGAUAACCGAUCCGAUCAGCGCCGCUGGCGUAUUCAGAUGACGGUCGUUACUGAAAUAUCUGAUUACUGUAAAGAGAUAGGCUGGACGAAGCCCGGGUCAUAG